AUGCUAAAGGUAAAGGACGAUGUAAUUAAAUUUUUGGAGAAAGAUGAAAACUCAAGAAUGUGCCCGGGGAAAAGAGACUAUCUUAAAUCCAAAGAUGGAAUAUGUAGAUUUCAAACUUUACCUGCUAAAACCUGGGCUAUCGAGAACGACAAACAAGAAGUGGUAACAGAAUUCGAACAAAUCUCUGAAACGUGGAGGUGCUAUUGCCAGUUAUUGUUCCUGGAUCCGCAGUCGCGACUGUCUAUAAGCACAGAACCAGAGCCAGAGAAUUUGGAAACAGACAUCCUUCUGUCCGAAGUAAGAACUGCCAUAAAAAACCUGAAAAGCAAAAUAGCAACUGGUAGAGAUGCAAUUCCUAUAAAGACAAUUAAAGCCUUAGGAGAACGUGGCGACCAGAUGUUUCAUCUCAUCUGCAAUAAGGUGUGGCAGACAGGAGUUUGGCCUUCGGAAUGGACACACACCAUAUUCACACCCCUGCACAAGAAGGGCUCAACGAAGAAAUGUAACAAUUACCGCCUCAUUGCUCUGAUACCACACGCUAGCAAAAUUGUUGUUACAUAUUCUUAA